GUUGAGCUUGGAAUGAACCGUCGGGUGUGACCGUUGUGAGCAGAGAGGGUUGGAGAGAAGGGCUCCGCGGGGGUAGCAGUGGCGAGAGACGGAAUCCUCGGGUGUGGCAGCUGCGAGCUGGAGGGUCAUCUGGGGUGCAGAUUGAAGAUCCAGAACCAUGACUGACUCCAAGUACUUCACCACUAAUAAAAAAGGAGAAAUCUUUGAAUUGAAGGCUGAACUCAACAAUGAAAAGAAAGAAAAGAGGAAGGAGGCUGUGAAGAAAGUGAUUGCUGCAAUGACUGUGGGGAAGGAUGUUAGCUCCCUCUUCCCAGAUGUAGUGAACUGCAUGCAGACUGACAACUUGGAGCUGAAGAAGCUUGUGUAUCUCUAUUUAAUGAAUUAUGCCAAGAGUCAGCCAGACAUGGCCAUCAUGGCCGUCAACAGCUUUGUGAAGGACUGUGAGGAUCCUAAUCCUCUGAUUCGAGCCCUGGCAGUCAGAACCAUGGGUUGCAUCCGGGUGGACAAGAUUACAGAAUAUCUCUGUGAGCCCCUCCGCAAGUGUUUGAAGGAUGAAGAUCCUUAUGUUCGGAAAACAGCAGCAGUCUGUGUCGCAAAACUACAUGAUAUCAAUGCCCAAAUGGUGGAAGAUCAAGGAUUUCUGGAUUCUCUGCGGGAUCUCAUAGCAGAUUCAAAUCCAAUGGUUGUGGCUAAUGCUGUGGCAGCAUUAUCUGAAAUCAGUGAGUCUCAUCCAAACAGCAACUUACUUGAUCUGAACCCACAGAACAUUAAUAAGCUGCUAACAGCUCUGAAUGAGUGUACUGAAUGGGGCCAGAUUUUCAUCCUGGAUUGCCUGUCUAAUUACAACCCUAAAGAUGACCGGGAAGCUCAAAGCAUCUGUGAGCGAGUAACUCCCCGGCUAUCUCAUGCCAACUCGGCAGUGGUGCUUUCAGCAGUAAAAGUCCUAAUGAAAUUUCUAGAGUUGUUACCCAAGGACUCUGACUACUACAAUAUGCUGCUAAAGAAGUUGGCCCCUCCACUUGUCACUUUGCUGUCUGGGGAGCCAGAGGUGCAGUACGUCGCCCUGAGGAACAUCAACCUAAUUGUUCAGAAAAGACCUGAAAUCUUGAAGCAGGAAAUAAAAGUCUUCUUUGUGAAGUACAAUGAUCCCAUCUAUGUUAAACUAGAGAAAUUGGACAUCAUGAUUCGUUUGGCAUCCCAAGCCAACAUUGCUCAGGUUCUGGCAGAACUGAAAGAAUAUGCCACAGAGGUAGAUGUUGAUUUUGUUCGAAAAGCUGUGCGGGCCAUUGGACGUUGUGCCAUCAAGGUGGAGCAAUCUGCAGAGCGCUGUGUAAGCACACUGCUUGAUCUCAUCCAGACAAAAGUAAAUUAUGUUGUCCAAGAGGCCAUUGUUGUCAUCAGGGACAUCUUCCGCAAAUAUCCCAACAAGUAUGAAAGUAUCAUUGCCACUCUAUGUGAGAAUUUAGAUUCGCUGGAUGAGCCGGAUGCUCGUGCUGCUAUGAUUUGGAUUGUGGGAGAAUAUGCUGAAAGAAUUGACAAUGCAGAUGAACUUCUAGAGAGCUUCUUGGAGGGUUUUCAUGAUGAAAGCACUCAAGUACAGCUCACUCUGCUUACUGCUAUAGUGAAACUGUUUCUUAAGAAACCAUCAGAAACACAGGAACUGGUACAGCAGGUGUUGAGUUUGGCAACACAGGACUCUGAUAAUCCUGACCUUCGAGACCGGGGCUAUAUAUACUGGCGUCUUCUCUCAACUGAUCCUGUCACAGCUAAAGAAGUAGUCUUAUCUGAGAAGCCAUUGAUUUCUGAGGAGACAGAUCUGAUUGAGCCAACUCUGCUAGAUGAGCUAAUCUGCCACAUUGGCUCUUUGGCCUCUGUAUACCAUAAACCCCCCAAUGCUUUUGUGGAAGGAAGCCAUGGAAUCCAUCGCAAGCACUUGCCAAUACAUCAUGGAAGCACUGAUGCAGGUGACAGCCCUGUUGGCACUACCACUGCCACCAACUUGGAGCAACCUCAGGUUAUCCCCUCUCAAGGUGACCUUCUGGGAGACCUUUUAAACCUUGACCUUGGUCCCCCAGUCAAUGUGCCACAGGUAUCCUCGAUGCAGAUGGGAGCAGUGGAUCUGUUGGGAGGAGGACUAGAUAGUUUGCUUGGCAGUGACCUUGGCGGGGGCAUUGGAGGAAGUCCGGCAGUGGGACAAUCCUUCAUUCCAUCAUCGGUGCCUGCAACCUUUGCUCCUUCACCAACUCCUGCUGUGGUCAGCAGUGGUCUGAAUGACCUAUUUGAACUCUCCACAGGGAUAGGCAUGGCACCUGGUGGAUAUGUGGCUCCUAAGGCUGUCUGGCUGCCUGCAGUAAAGGCUAAAGGGUUGGAGAUUUCAGGAACAUUUACUCACCGCCAAGGACACAUCUAUAUGGAAAUGAACUUCACCAACAAAGCUCUGCAACACAUGACUGACUUUGCAAUCCAGUUUAACAAGAAUAGCUUUGGGGUCAUCCCCAGCACUCCUCUGGCCAUCCACACACCACUGAUGCCAAAUCAGAGCAUUGAUGUGUCUUUGCCGCUCAACACCUUGGGUCCAGUCAUGAAGAUGGAACCUCUAAAUAAUCUGCAGGUGGCUGUGAAAAACAAUAUUGAUGUCUUCUACUUCAGCUGCCUUAUCCCACUCAAUGUGCUUUUUGUAGAAGAUGGCAAAAUGGAGCGCCAGGUCUUCCUUGCAACAUGGAAGGAUAUUCCCAAUGAAAAUGAACUUCAGUUUCAGAUUAAGGAAUGUCAUUUAAAUGCUGACACUGUUUCCAGCAAAUUGCAAAACAACAAUGUUUAUACUAUUGCCAAGAGGAAUGUAGAAGGGCAAGACAUGUUGUACCAAUCCCUGAAGCUCACCAAUGGCAUUUGGAUUUUGGCUGAGCUGCGUAUCCAACCAGGAAACCCUAACUAUACGCUGUCACUGAAGUGCAGAGCUCCUGAAGUUUCCCAGUACAUCUACCAGGUCUAUGACAGCAUUUUGAAAAACUGAAAUAGACUGGUUGGUGCCUUCCGGCCACCUUGUGAUUGGUGCAAGCCAAGAACUCUUAACUGGAAGAAAUUGUAUUGUUAUAUAGAAUCUGAACCCAAACACACUGAGGCCACCCACCAAGGUAGUGACUAGUCUAACCUGUUCUAAUAUUAGGGCACAACCUGUUGGAUAGUUUUAGCUUCCUGUGAACAUUUGUAACCACUGCUUUAAUUAUUUCUCACCUCUUGCCACUUGCUGCUAUUGUUUGUCCUUACUUGUGGGCUUCUCCAUACUGUGCCAAUAUGGCUGGCAGUUUUGAGUGUAGUUUGAUAUUUUGUAAUGGAAAACUCAUUUCAAAAGCAGGAAAAGACAAAAAAUAUUAAAGCAAGGUAAAGGUGUCACUGAAACAUAAA